AUGCUGAGUGGCUCCAGCAACUACUGUGGUUUAAGGUCGUUAGUCAUCCGCUGCUGCCGCAGGAGACAGGGCAGCGCUGAGCCAGAGCUGGUCAUGCAACCUCCGUGGUCCUACCAGGCCAGCAGGAUGAGGGGGUCUAGGCGAACGUUCCUUAAUUUAUUCUGCAUCCUCUGGCUUCCGCUUCUGCUGAAGGCUGCCUCUUCCUCCCCUCUCCCCCAUGGAAACGACCCACCGUCCCCCGCGCUCCAGUCCGGGCUGUACAAAGGACACACCUGCGUCGGGUGCGUGCUUGUGGUGUCUGUAAUUGAACAGCUUGCACAGUGGCACAACAGUACAGUAAAGGCAGCCGUGGAGAGACUCUGCAACUACAUACCUGAAAAACUGCAAGGUUUCUGUUACGUACUUGCUGAACUUUAUGGACCACACAUAGCUGAACUCAUAGACAAGGAAAUGAAUGCCGAUGUGGUCUGCCAUUCCUUGAAGCUGUGUAAACAGGAUCCAGGACAACCACUUUGUCAUCUCUACCCUCCUCCAAAGGUGGGGUUGAGUACUGCGAUAAGGAAAGCAAAAAGGAUUAUGAAGAAUUCCAGGGACCUGAAGAUCUUCACGGGGUUCUCAAGUGUAUGUGCGUUUCCUCUUCUGGCUAACCUGUGUGAGAAGAUUAAAUAUGUCAUAAGAAAUAAACUGCCUUUUGAAGAUUUUGAUGGAGAUAAAUUUAGUACUUUCCCGACAUUGAGGGGCUAUCACUGGCGAGGCAGAGACUGCGACGACAAAAACACCACCAUGUACCCUGGCAGACGUCCUGAUAACUGGGAUGUGAACAGUGACUCUAACUGCAAUGGCAUAUGGGGUGUGGAUCCAAAAGACGGAAUUCCCUACGAGGAGAAAUUCUGCAAAGGUGCAGACUCGCAAGGGGUCGUGCUGUUGGGAGACUCAGCCGGUGCUCACUUCCACAUCCCUCCCGAGUGGAUGACCGUCACGGAGAUGUCAGCGAAAUCAUUUGCUAAUCUCCCAAUGGCUUUCACCGACGAGCUUGACUGGCCCCAGUUCUCAGAGAUCACUGGGUUUCUGAACUCCACCAUCGGAGGCUGGACAGACUCUCUGUAUCUACGUUUACGCCAGAGAAAUCGCUGUAAUCACAGAGACUUACAGAAUAUUUCCCAAAAUGGUGGUUCUUCAGGAAACCUCCUCUAUUUAAUAAAAAGCUUGGCCAGAAACCAGCUGUUGGACUAUCCAGCCAUAGUCAUCUACGCUACAAUUGGGAACGAUGUCUGCAAUGGGAACCGUGACACGCUGGCUCACAUGACUACACCCAAAGAAAUGCUCUCCAACGUGAUGCAAGCUCUGCGAUACCUGGACACCCGUCUUCCAAACGGCAGCCACGUGAUUUUAACAGGAUUGGUAGAUGGCCGCUUUCUCUGGGAUAACCUGCAUGACAGAUACCAUCCUCUAGGGCAGCUGAACAGGGACGUCACGUACAGUCAACUUUAUUCUUUCCUCAACUGCCUCCAGGUGAGCCCCUGCAGCGGCUGGCUGACUCCCAAUGAGACCCUCAGGAAUUUGACCUCGGAGAGAGCGUUACAACUUUCCAACGUCCUGAAAGAAAUAGCGACAUCUGAGAAAUUUGCCAACUUCGAUAUUUUCUACAUGGAUUUCCCACUGAGACAAACGGCCGAGGAGUGGCGCAAGAUGGGAGGCCAGCCCUGGCAGCUGAUCGAACCAGUCGAUGGAUUCCAUCCCAGCCAGAUCGCGGCAGCCCUUGGGACAAGCAUCACCUGGCGGAAGGCGCUGCACGAAUGGCCUCAUGUGCUUGGGAAGGAGAAUCCAUUCAACCACCAGAUUGAAGCCAUAUUCAAAGAUCAAGGCGGACACUGACUUCCAAACUGCCGGAGCCCUGACGCUGUUUGCGGUGACGCUUCCCGAGGCUGAACCAGUGAAGCCCUGUUAGAAGCAGUUACGUGCAACUCUGAAGUCAUCUUAGGAUAAUGAUGGUUUGUGGAACUUGACGGAACUGGCUGUACGUUCUCCGAACUGGAAGCUUGAACCUCCAUAUUGUCAGGGCAGAGCCUCUUUGAUGGUGAUGGCUUUGUACCAGGUUUCACUGUACAGGUUAGAGUAUUCAAGCAAAUUAGUAUUCAAGCAAUCUAAAAAUAUUUUCAGAGAGAGUACAAAACUGUAAUGCAAAUAAAGUUAUGAUUUAUUAAUACCCUGACAAGCCUACCAAAAAACUGCCCUUCCCAAAUUCUACCAAGCACAAGGCACUAUCUUUGGCAUUAUACAAUUCUUUUUAAAUACCUUACUAAUUACUUGGAGCAUCUGCUCUCAGGUUAAGUUAAACAUUAGCCAUAUUCAGUCCAGUGGUCAGGUAACUGCACCCAUCGCUGUUUAGUUUAAGACAAACACUAAGGGUUUUCACUUGUCCUUAGGAAAAAAGGAGAUGGGACUUGUAUCAAAAGACAAUCUUUAUUAAACUUGUUGCAAAAUACCUUCUUCGCCAGGAAUAGGUGCCUGGUUACAGUUACCAGUUUCUAACAAAGGCUCUCUGACCCUCUUGGUCUGCAUUGUGGGUCUCGCUCCCAUCUUGGGCCGCUCAGCCAUUUUCUUUUGCAGGUUCUCUCGCCUGGCACGGGUUCUUUCAAGGAGUUUCUGAGUAGUGAAUAAAUUAUGGGUUACUAUACAUUGCAGUAAGUGUGUUAACUAGUAAUAGCCUAAGUUAAAAAUGUUUGAAUUGUAUAUAACAUAUACGAAGAUGCACAAUACCAGAAAUCUGUAGUGACAAUGCAGCUCUCGGAUGUUGCUAAUUGAUCUACUGUAAUGCAACUCGAUAGAAAUAUUUAAAGGCUGGUUUUCUGACAGGCUAUCCCCUCCUGACAGCCAAACAAAUAAAACAUAUUUUCUACACUGCCAACUA